ACGAUUUUAAUUUGAUGAAAACUCCGCGACCCCAGCAGAAUUUCAAUUAUCUCAAUAAGAAAACAGUCAAGAAACCACGACCAAAACCAAAUUUCUGCAAUAAAAAAGUGACGACAAAUGGAGACCAAUUUUUUCUGUUCGCAUUUUAAUGUCACUGACCCACACUACCUCUGAUUUGUCGGGCUCGGUAUGUGUGUCGUCGAGGCACUCGACGUUUUGUUAUUAACAUUAUUAUUUUUAUUUAGGCGGCCUGCAGCCUCCUCCGGGGCGCUGGGCUAAUUUAUGUCACAUCUCACUUAUAACUUGUUUAAUUCGCGUCCCAUCAAAAUGUAAAAGAUCACGAAUUGAUUUUGGAAAAUCUUUCCGCCGAUAUCGCUUUUACCGGGGGACUGGUGCUGGAGUAUCUCAGAUGACGAUAGUAAUCGCGAAUAGUAUCAAGUUACCGUCGAUAAUCGGCUAUUGAUACUGGACGAGGACUUUGGGAGAAUCGUCCAAUACUGUCGAGUCUGUUCCCACAACCGCCACCUUGUUGAUUUUAGGUGGUCGAAUCUUUGACUUUUGAGCGGCCUUUUGUCGUCAAAAUUUGUGGUCCCAAACAUUUCUAACAUAAUUUAUUGAAUGACUUCCAAAAUAUCUGAAUAUGAGUGGUUUUAGAUUUCAAAGCGGUCCAGCGGUCACUAAGUCCUGAGUUCUACGUGUUAAUGAACGUGUCGAAAACUUUGCUGAGAACUAAACCUUUCGUUAGUUUGCUCUGCGAAAAAAUGUCGCACUUUCCAAUAAAACAAGAAACUUCUUAACGUAAUUGGAUCAAAUGCACCACCUCAUAUGCUAAAGUGUGGGAGACAUCGGGGAAAUAUUUUUCCAUUCUAGAGUGAAUCGUAAAGAUGGGCGGCGCAAACAAGCGAUGGGGAGUUCUCGUAACCAAGUGGAAAAUUUAUAACACCUUUUCUGAUUUUUUUUCUUUUUGGCCUGAAUGGAGAUUAAUGUUAUUUGUUAGACAACCAGAGAAACAAGCUGGCUUUGAGCGAAAGAUAAACAACUUAUUGAUAGUACAGCUUGUUUUUUUUUAUUUAAAUAAAAUGUUUACGUUCAACACUCGGGUUUCAACCUAAAAAAUAAGAGUCUUCUCCUUGAAGCUGCUGAGAUCAGCGCCAUGAAGAAAGGAAUUCGUGUGAUGUCGCACCAAAAACUUAAUUCAUCGACUUCAAAACACUGAGGUUAGCAACUCUGCAGCCCCUUUUAUGAAGAAACCAAACCACCCAGAUUCAAAGUCAAUUACGAUGUCUCGCCUGCAUUCAGAUAUGUAACGCGUACUCAAAUCUUAAUGAAAAUGACUUAUUUGCUGUCUUGAACACAAGUAUUGCAUUUAUCACCCUGAUACCACUGGCAUUUCAUUACUAAACCGUCUAUUUAUAAAUCCGUUGAAUAGAAAGGAAUUUAUUAGAUCCAAAGCCAACCUAUCAUGCAAGAGUAAUGCCCCCAGAUUCCACAAUCGUGCCAUCACACUAUCUUAUAAUAAUGGCACUGCGUCAGUGCAUUCAACAGAGGCAAAAAUAAAUCAGUCCCUUCAAGCCCUCCAGCGGUUAAUGAGUACCUACAAAAGGUGAUCGCAUAAAAGCUUCUUCACAAUAUUCGGUUUGGAGUCUAUCAAAAAGCAGCGCACGUCAUUCGGGCUGCAAACUUAAAUUGUUAUUUAUAUCAACAAAUCUAUUAUCUUGCAUAUGACUAACUGCUGACACCUCGCCACAGCAACCUUGAAUCACACUUGAAAAAUUCCGGAAGGUGCUUAUAUUAUACAUUUCUGUUAAUAGUUAAAAUCAAAGCGUUCCUUACCAUUCCUCAUGAUAACCUUAGUAAUCUGCUAUGCAGGUGGUUCUUACCAGGAUAAGAGGAGAACUCAACAGUUUAUUGAUUUGCAUUUGCUUUUGGCUACUAAUUUUACAAAAAGCACGAGCCAUGCCAGUUACGCGAACUUGCGAAGAAUACAAGGAAGCGAUCAGAGCUGUAAUAGAUCAAGCAAAAAUGUCAUACCAUGUUAAUUAUGGUAUUUUAGAAGAUUUUACCCAAAAGUACUUUCGACAAACUCAUACCGCUGUAAACGAAACUUGGCAUCAUAAGAAGUUCGACUCCUUAAAACCAGCUACGCAUACAGCAAGGCAGAAAGAACCAGACUCCUACAUGAAAACUGAUAGCGGAUCGCUCAAGCAUUUGAUGGAUGGAUUCACUAAAAAGAUGGUUAGCGAAGAGCUCCAGCAGCUCCAUGAACAACUACAGAUUCUGGAAAGUGCUUUCCAAUUUGUAAGCGAGGAAAGCAACAAGGUUGAUGAGUAUGACCCCGCGAUCUACGAUUCUCAUCUGGGCUAUGUACGUAUGUUGAAGGAGGAACUGGGGGAUUCUAUGGAUAAAUUAGAAAUUCCCAAGGUAGACUUCGCGGCACCCAACUUGAACGACAACUGCUCUAAGGAGGUUCGCGAUUUUAUUCUGAUGCGCGAGCAUUUGACCGUUUUGCGAUAUCUCCUGGACGCGUUCGAAAUUCUACACUCAGCUUGUCCUGUUGACAGCUGCUAGGAGCGCGAAUACCAACCAGGGCUAUUGUGAGCGCAGGGGCCUUCCAUUCAGCCACCACUGCAAAAACUAAAGAUGAGUUACAAACGCUUACAAAACCGAGGAAGCAACUGUAAAACAGUCUUGAAAUUUCGAUGUAUCUAUUUAUAUACUUAAUCUAAAUGUGUGCAUAGGAAAUAUCUCUCCCUAAAAUCUCACUAGUACAAAAUUCCUAGGUUUUGAAUUUUAUCUUUGUCUGCUCUGUGUCAAUGUUGAAAUUUAGAUCAUUGUCGGUAAACGUACACAUUCCAGUCAAAUCUUAGGUGAUUGAAAUUUGAAUAAAGUCCUUAACAUACUUUAAAUUAUAUUUUCUUAGCAUUCCUUCACCAGCGGUUCCUAAGCCUGCUAUGGUGUAUCUUUAUCGGCAAAGGCUACAUUUUGAUCAGAUGGAAUGCAACCGAUACCGACUCCCGGUCAAGCUUUUAAUUGCGAAAGGCCAAGAGCUACUCACCUUUUGUAACUAACUAGAAUCAAGCCUAACGUAUUUAUGUAGGAGAGAGAUAUGUAUAUACACUAGACAAACCAUACUAUUCCGGAAAAUUGAUCUAACUGAAGAAAAUUUGACUAUUGUCUGCGCAAAUGCAAGCGACUAAUUUAUUUAUUGAAUUGUAACUAUGCGAAAGAAAGAAAAAUUCAUAUAUACCUAGCUUAUGUGAAUGCAAUUAAUUCGUUUAUAUUUUCUAAAGUAAAACUUUGCCAUCCGGCCCCCUUGGGUCGACCAUGCUUUUAUGUACAUCCUAGAUUUUACACGUUUUUUACGUCCCAAUACCACCCCUUUGCUUCUGAUCAACCCUACAAAUAGUAUUUUAGUAUUUUUACGUGCACAUUUAUCCACAGUCCUUCCCUGCGCGAGGUUUUAUCAUUUUUGUUGCCAGUGAUUGAAUGAUAGUAACUAUUUAUAUUCGAGACAUUAUGUUCUAGUUUUACAUGUUUUCUUAUUUAUUUCAUGUCAUAUUCGUUUACCACCAAUUCUUAAUUUAAUGCAAUCGCGUCGGGAAGCUGUGCCUUGCAAGAGGACGGACUGCGGCGAAGAAUGCCACUUUAGGCAAACCAGAUUUAGUAAAAAUUUUAUAAAAGCGAUAGACCUAACAGUCCAUCCCCUUGCAAAUCGAGUAGGACGCAGAAAUUACGAAUAUUCGUUCCCUGGCACAUGAUAUGUAGUGGAGAAGGGCCUAGGACAAGCUUCGUCCAGACCUGCACCACAACACAAAACAGUAGCACAAUUCCAACUCGUCGUAGGAAUAGUUAAAACUGCAUAAUGCUCUGUUAGAGGCACGACGACAUUUUAAGAACUUGUAGAAACUUAUGCUUAGCAACCAUUGUAAUUGAUAAACGUGCAUAAUAUUAUAAGAUCAAAUUAUUUAUUUUUAUUUGUAAAAAGACUUAAUUUAUUGAUUUAUUACUAUUAUUUGAAAUUAGAGAAAAACCGACAACAGUAUAAAUGAUUAUUAUGAAAUUGAUAAUUAUAUACAAUAAUAAAUUAAUGGACAUUU